AUGUUCCAGCAUAUAGAGAGUACGAGUUUUAGCGGCAAUGGGCUUAAAAGGGACUCACAAUGGUGCGCGGAUCACCAAACUGCGGCGAAAAUGACGACACAGCAGCCAAAAUGUAAAAGGCUGAAAAGAAAUAGCAGCAUUGAACCCAGCAUUUCCAAAUAUCCCAGCAGUAGGGACUCGUCGCCUCUGGUAGAAGAAAGACUGGGAGCCAUAGCCAUGGGAGUGCGCCAGGACAGCUGCGAUUCCACCGAAUCGUCGCCGUAUGUGGAGAUCGAAGACUACAUUCUGAAAGGGUACGGGUCCACUCUGAUCAACGGUGGGUACAAUAGUCGAUUGAGUCUGGACAACAUCACGCCGGUGAACUACUGUCUUUACGACAUGGAUGCUGAGGAGUUCGAUGAGUGCGACUUUGGUGCUGGCGCAGGCGACGGGAAUACGCUGGUCGAAACUCCGGAGUCGCAGGACGUGGAAAUGGCGUAG